AUGGCUUCAAUUCGGAUACCAGCACUCAGAAACCUCCUCAGCCGGCCUGUUCUGCCCGCCAGACAUGUGCAGCGCCGAUGGGCCCAGGUCCACGAUAUCCGCUUCGUCGCAACCCAUCAGUCCUCACAGGUGCUUGAUAAGUACAAAGAGAAGCUAGCCCGCAAGGCCAAAGAGGAGGGCCACGAUUCCGUAUCCUCGCUCAAGGAAGCAUACAAAGAGAAGAUCCAGCAAGUCCGCAAUGCCGACGCAGCACCCCAGACACCCCUAAAGCCAUCCUCAUCACCAUCAUCUGAACCAGCUGGCCUGGAGAAGAAGACUUCCACACCCUCAACCAAGAAAAACUCAUCACCACCUGGUAUAAAGCCGCUAUCAUCAUACCUUGAUCUCGAGAAAACCGCCGCCUUACCGCCCGACAUCAUCGGCAAGCUAUGGCGAGCACGACACGUCACGAACCCCAACUCGAUAUGCGCCAGCAUCCCGAUAGAAACAUACAACCGCAUGGUGAAAGUAGCUCGACAACACCCGCAGUUCAUCCUACCUUUGCCGCGGGAGUUAGAAACGCCCCAAGACCCCAAGGAAAGCGCCGAGUCAAGCUCGGAAACACCAACUGAGAAAGCAAUGGGUGCUGAAAUGCAUUUCCUUCAAUGGGGGUUCCAUCCGCCUGCGUCGGCGAGUGAUUCGAAGGUUCCUUCGCCAGUUAGCACGCAUAACACGCAUACUUCAACAGUGAUAUUUACUUCCUUGGCGGAAUAUAAAUUGCACGCAGGCUUUGCGCCGCCGCACACGGUGAUUACGCACCAUCUGGACUUUGCGGAUGAUAAGGGGAUUGUAUUGAUGAAUGGCACCGUGGUGACGGAUAGGGGUAUGACGGUUGACGAUGCACAGCUGCUAGUGCUGUGGUUGCAGAAGUUUUACGACUGGGAGGCCGAGGGGGCUGGGAGCCAGGGGGGUCGAAAGGGGGAGAUGUUGAGGAUGUUCACGAGCGGUGACACAGAGGGGUUUAAGGUGCAGGAACUUAUUGAUGAGGUGCAGAGGGUGUAA